GCCAGUUGCCAUAAAACCACCGAAGAAGAUUCUCCCUAUGUAAACAUUGCGAAAACGUCUCUUGUUUACAAACAUCCCAUUUCGGCGUGUUUUGCCACUGUCCGUGUCAGAGAAUGGACUUGGAAAACAUCCAACCAUAUUACUUCGGAGAUAUCAGCUGCUGGUCCGAGAGAACCGAGGUCCACAAGGCGGCGUCGCUCGGUCAGGCUUCCCAUCUGCAGCACCUCAUCCAGUGCGGCGCAUCUGUCAACAUCGUGGCCGUGGACUCCAUCACUCCCCUGCACGAGGCCUGCCUGCGCGGACAGGCGCAGUGCGCCCGGUUGCUUCUGGACGCCGGAGCACAAGUGGAUGCGAGGAAUGUGGACGGCAGCACCCCGCUGUGUGAGGCCUGCUCUGUGGGUAGUUUGGAGUGUGUGAAGCUCUUGCUGGAGCGAGGCGCCAAGGCCAACCCUGCCCUCACCUCUCGCACUGCCUCACCCCUCCAUGAGGCCUGCAUGGGAGGCAACUCGGACUGUGUGAAGCUCCUGAUUGCUGAGGGUGCCUGUCUGGAGGCCUACGACCUUUACUACGGGACCCCGCUGCAUGUAGCCUGUGCUAACCAACACACGCGCUGUGUGAAAGAGCUUCUAAAUGCUGGUGCCAAAGUGAACGCGGCCCGGCUGCACCAGACGGCGCUGCACCACGCCGCAAAGAGCGCGCAAGUGGAACUGAUCGAUACCCUCGUGGACUUCGGCGCCAACAUUUACGCCCGGGAUAAACACAACAAGAAACCAGUCGACUACGCCACGCCGGACUCUCCGGCUGCAGCUUGCCUGCGCUCUCACGAGGCCAUUCCCAUGAGCCUCCAGCAACUCUGUAGGUUGGCAGUGCGACAGAAGCUGGGCACCAGGGCUCUGAAGGUUGUAGUUCAACUCCAGUUACCAAAACUCAUUAUCAGCUACCUCUGUUAUCAGUGAUUUGACGCCUGAAGAGGAUUCGGAUGAUUGUCUUAACAAAAAACAAACAAACAAAAAAAACAACAACAAAAAAGACUGGAAAGGCAUUAAAAAAAAAAAAAACAAUACAAAAGCCGCUGCAUUAAUUUAGUAGACGCACAUUCUAGAAAACAAUCUCUGAAUACAAUUUUUAACAUUCACAUGGACCAUGUCUUAUAAAGGUAUGUGUUUAAAAAAAAAAAUAUUCUGUUUACUUGAUGAAUUUAUUUUAGUCAGAAAUGCACUUUUUACCAGAUUUUGCUAUGCGCUAGUACGCUUGAAGAAUACACAAUACAACACAGACAUUUGCACAUAUUCAUUUCAUAAUAAAUAUUCUUUUGUAAGGGAAGAUCGAGAGGUAUUUGAGAUGUGAGUGGCUAAUUGGGUGUCUGGUAAAGUGGAGGCCACUAUUUGAGGAAAUAAUCUAAUACACAUACAUGAAGCACAUAAAAAGACAUUUUCUCAAAUAGUGGCAUUUAUUUACUUAAGUCCACUGAGUACCAGGUGCCCAUUGUUCAUAAAUGCACUUUAAUGUGAAAUAAUACUGUAUAACAUUAUUAUAUUUUUGCCCAAAAAUGCUUAAUUAAAAUAUGAAUUAUAGUGUACACUGUAUAGAUAAUGUACAGGUGAUUAAUUAUGGCAUGGUCUGGUGGUGGGAAGGCCACUAUUUGAGGAAGUACCUACACGUGCGUAAUCCAUUUCCACAAGUAAAAUAUAAAAACAUGACAUCUCAUCAUAUUUAUUUACUUGGGGAAGACCUUUAUCAUUUCAAUGACAUUUUUGUUUUUUUUGCCUCUACUUAGAUAACGAUAAUUCAUUAAAAAUGCCUUUUGUAAUGUAUGCAUUAGGGGGGAAAAAAAACACAAGGUGUCUUAAUUGAGUUGCCCCCCCCACAAUAUUGUUUGAAAGAUUUUUACAGUAUAUACUGUAUGGAUUACAAUAAAUAGAAUAUAUGAACA